AUGCCAGUCUCAUCCUUGAAUCUCAAUCAAUCUGCUGUCUCGGCACCAUGGCAGAUCCUAACAGUUUGUUUUGCGGCGCUGCUGCUUCUCGGUUACAUGAUCUUGGCCGUAGCAAUCAAUAACACCCAAGACGCAUUGCGAAUCGACAUCACUGGAUCUAUAACUUGCGCGUUCGUUUUUGUCGGAGUAUCCUAUAUCGCAUCGGGGCUGGUCGUUUUCUGUCAGCGACAUCAGAAGCUUUUCCUAAUUCACUACAUCUUUUGGUACGUUUUGUGGUCGCACGAGGCUGAUGACGCAGCUAAUGAUCUCAGUCCCUACUCGAUAAUAAACCUGCUCGCACUUUUUAAUGCCCUUUUCCAUGUCCUUGCGCGCGACCUACCCCUAAACACUCUACGUGUCAUGAGCAUUGGGCUGCCCGCUGCGUUUUUUGCAUUAUAUCCUCUCGCAGCGCUGUUCGUCUACCAUGACAACAGCUCUAGCCGUCCCCACCCAGAGGAUGGUACUCCCUUGCUUAGUGACGAAGAAAUGCAGCGAAGACAAAUGCUUCGCUUGCUUCAGGAUCAGUCAAGUGCGCCGUCGCCAGAUCUUAUUCGAAACACCUAUCGAUUUGAUUUACCUCAGCACGACGCGGCUCCGAGAUAUUAG